GCGAGAUAACACAUGUGAGUAUCGCUGAAGGAGUGAUCGAUGGCUACGAAAGAAAUAUGGACAGACAUGAUGAAGAGAAUUUUAUAGUACUUAGGUUAUUUUAUUCGUAGAUAAUUGACCUUGUGAUUUUUAGUUGUCAGGAAAGCAAAAUGGCGAUGUUGCAGCACUCUUUCAACCUGCAACGGCUUUUGUUUACUUCUUCCCCACAUUUUCGACAUGUAUGUCAGUUGUCAAGUUAUGUCGCUUGCCAAAGAUUUGAUCAAGAUUCAAAGCGCACCUUUCCUUGCCAUCGACAUUGUAAUCAUGCUGUUCCAUUCAGUCAAAGGAGUGUUGUUGGUCUCAAAAGUGCAGUUCACAAUCAAUCCAUAUCUGGACUGUCAGGUCUACAUGUUCAAUUCAAGACUUUAAAGCUUAUAGCAAAGGAAGGACAGAUACAGAGUAAUUGUUACUCUGGUGGACGUCAUCUACAUGCCUGGAUAAAUCCUUGUGCAAAUCAGGCAAAUUUCUUUCCAAUGAAAAACAUAAUUAACAGAACAAUGAUUUCUGGAAACACUUUAGAUUAUAAACAUGCAGAAGGUCUCUCGUGUGGUCAUCAAAGACGGACUCUCUAUACCAGCAGUGUAAAUUAUGAUCCAUCUCCCAGCAAAGCGGGCAUAACAAAACUGUUGGAAGAUGAAGAGAAGAAGUCUAAAGUAGAAGAGGCUGUGGAAGCCAUGAAAGAAAAGAAAGAAAAACUGAAGGAGAAAGCUUUCCAAAUGGAAUGUAGCCCUGAAGAAAUAGAGCCAAUUGUCACUGUUUCUCCACCACCAAAAAAGUCUUUAUGGCAAAGGGUUAAGCAAGAAGCUGCACAUUAUUAUAGUGGAUUUAAGCUUUUGUAUUUGGAAGUUAGAAUUGCUGCCCGCAUGUUAUGGCAGGUUAUGAAUGGAAGGGUGUUGUCAAGACGGGAAAGACGUCAGUUUCUUCGCACAGUGGCAGACAUAUUCCGCCUGGUUCCAUUUUUGGUGUUUGUACUGAUUCCUUUCAUGGAGUUUAUGUUGCCAGUUGCUGUUUACCUUUUUCCAAACAUGCUUCCCAGUACAUUUGUGGACAAAUCCAAGAAGGAAGAAAGCAAGAAGAAACAGCUCAAAGUGAAAAUUCAAAUGGCUAAGUUUUUACAAGACACUGUCGAGGAAAUGGCUGUGGCAGCCAAAGAAAAGAAAACUCAAGAGGUCGUCGCUGACUUUGCAAACUUCUUUGAAAAGAUCCGCAGCAAAGGACAACAACCCAGCAAUGAAGACAUCCUAAGGUUUUCCAAAUUGUUUGAGGAUCAAAUUACAUUGGACAACAUGAGUCGUGCCCAGCUCAAAGCAAUCAACAGGCUGCUGAUGUUGCCAACCAUUGGAACAAACAAUUACUUCAGGUUUCGACUGAGGAUGAAGCUAAGAGAGCUCAGAGCUGAUGAUCUGUUAAUUCAAAGAGAAGGCGUAGAAAGCCUCACUGAACAGGAACUGCAAUCAGCUUCCCAAGCUCGUGGAAUGAGAGCUAUUGGUGUUCCUGCGGCAAGGUUAAGGUCUCAACUUAAACAGUGGGUUGAACUACACCUCGAUGAACAAAUUCCAGCAUCUCUUUUGCUGAUGUCCAGAGCAUUGUAUCUCCCAGAAAAUAUCAGUAAGGUUGACCAGCUCAAGGAGACAUUGUCACAACUGCCAGAAAACUUGGUAGAAGAGGCUGAAAUCAAAAUCUGCGAAGUCUCUGGAGAGAAAGUGGACAACAAAGUGCGGUUGGAUGUACUGCAGAAUGAGGAAAGAAUGAUUGCAGAGGAAAAUCAGGAACUUCUUAAGGAGGAGGAGGAAAAAAAGAAGAAGAUCGAAAGCAUUGCUUCUGAGAUAUUAGAGGACAAGGCGCCAGACAUCAAACCGAUGCCCGAAGAGGAUAUUUCUCAAGACGAUUGGCUCUCAAUCAAAGUCAGUCUUGCUCGGGCCAAUGAACGAGAUGAAUUGGAGAAGAUCAAGGAAGACAGAGAAGAAUAUCAAGAGGAACUCCGUGAGCUGAAGACUGAAGAUGAAAAGCGCGUACUUGAAGAAUCACUUGGUUCAUCACGACUCGGUAGGAAAGUGGACGUGAUGAUUAAAAAGAUUGAAGACCGCUUGAGGCAGGUGGAAGAUGAAAUAGAACAACCGCUUGAUGCUGAUGGCGAUGGGAAAAUUAGUUUACAAGAGAUGAUCUCCGCUGUACAGAGAUUGAAGGACGCUCCAAGUGAAGCCAAAUGUAAGAGAAUUGCUGAAAUGCUCGACGAAGAUCAUGAUGGUGCUCUUGACUUAGAGGACGUGGGCACGGUUGCUGAACUGUUGUCCCUUGAAGAUGUGGAUCUUACUCCGGAUCAAAUCAAAGACGUUAUCGUUUUACUUGAGAAAGAAAACAAACUGCGAAAAGCUGAUGACGAGGAGCAAUCAAACAAAAUCUCAGAAAGAGCUGAGUAACACACCUCGUUACUUAAGAAAUUCGAAAUAUCCCUGUAAUUCUAAGUUGUUAUAACUGUCUUGAUUUAUAGCAUUGUUGAAAGCAUGAACGUGAAGGAUCAUACUCUUUUGUACAUUGAAGUAUUCAUUUUGAACUUGUUCUUUUUUUUUUUUUUUUGCCUCCAACAUGGGUAAUCUGACCUUGGUAAUAUGAUGCAGAAUCGGUAGCAAGUUUGCCAUUUUAUUUAAAGUUUAAAAUAUGAAAUUUUUUUAAGCCAAACGCCAAACGAGGUGCAAGCUUUGCAAGCAGGUAUAAAAGCCAAAAUGGCAGCCAGACAAUGAAUGUAUUAAUAUUUUAAUAACCGACCAUAACUGUGUUCCCGUUCACAAUAGAGCCUUCUCGAAAUGGCUACAGAAAUUGAAAAUUUGUUAUCUAGAAAAUUUUAUUUCAAGUGAGACAUGGUUAAGAUUUAAAAUCAAGUUAACUUAUAUCAUCGGAGGAAUGACAAUCUACAGAUGUUUGUUUGAUUCCCGGUUUGGCGCAAACCCCAAUUCAUGGACUGUCUAUUGUUUUUAAACUAAGAAGUCACAUUUUCUCGGUUGAAAUACAAUACGGCUAGAUUAAUUUUUUUUUUUUUAUUUUUAUUUUUUUUAUUAAGAUAACUGAAGAAAGGGUGCUUACUUAGGUGCUGGAAGGGAUUUCCAAAAUAGAUUGGUGUUUGGUGUGUCAUUUGUUUCAAUCUGGAGAACGAUCUCUACACUUAUGGGUCCCCUUUUUAAGGUUAAGACUGUCCCAGCUAACCUGAUUUUGGAGAAGUAUGUAGCUUAAGUUUAUUUUCUGUUUUACCAAAUGAUAGUUUAUCAUCGUGUAGCCAUUCUAUCUCCAAUUGAGAAAGCCAAUUUUCAGAAACAGUUUAGCCCACCCAAUGAAUCAAUUAGCUAAAAGAACACAAUAAAAAACGAGUAAUUGAGA